GGAGGAGGAGGAGGAGGAGGACAGUGAGGAUAGCGAGGAGGAGGAGGAAGAGGCAGACGUGAGGGGGCACGUUAACGGUGGCUACUGGCGCUCGGCGACGGCCUCCAGGCCGACGUCGCCCCCCAUGGGGGACAACGCGAGCGACGCUUCGGCGAUGCCGCCCCCGACGGCGGCGGCGGCUGGAGCCAGGCCAAAGAGCCGCCUCGAAGGCGCCACCGCCAGCCGGUACGGCAACCUCUCCUACUGGAAGGCGCGCCGCGUGCUCUUCUACAAGAACGGCGAUCCCUUCUUUCCUGGCAUCGAGUUCAGGUUCAAACCGGGCAGAGACAUAGUGAAUCUGGAAUCUCUGUUGGACAAGCUUUCCCUCAGGAUGGACCUGCCUAGGGGAGCAAGAUACAUUUUUUCAAUGGACGGGGACAGAAAAUACAGAUUGGAUGAACUGGAAGACGGUGCUUCCUAUGUGGUGUCUUCAUAUAAGGCGUUCAAGGCUGCCAGCUACGGAAAGAAGAACGGCAUCUGGUACGCCGCCCCCGGAGGCGGGCAGGGCUGGAGCAAGGCGACGAGCAGGAAGGCGUCGAUCGCGGAAGUGGAGGCGCCGCCCCCUGGCGCCGGCAGCCCCGUCAAGCCCACCUCUGGCAGGGUCAUCAGGAUCGUCAACAACGUGGAUCACACCGUACAGUGUCGGGUGCUUUUGAAUCUCCGUACGUCUCAACCAUUCGAAGAAGUAUUAGAAGACCUCGGUCAGGUACUGAAGAUGAACGGGGCGAAACGUAUGUACACCGUGUCGGGACAGGAAGUUAGGAGUUUCUCUCAACUCCGAAACGAAUUCGCCGAUGUGGACACCUUCUAUCUAGGGGUGGGUAGUUUAGGGGGAGCUGUUACCCCAGCUGUGAUGCUAUCCCCCGUUCGAAGGGCCAGGUCUAGGGCUCCACAAACCGCUAUCGUCGAAGAUAUUAGCAAGCAGCGAAGGGCUAGAAGCAAAAGUAGACCUAGGACGUUGUAUGCUCCCGAAAGUGAAAUUGUUAGGACCAAUGAUUAUACAUUACUUGAAGUUUUGAAAGAAGAACCAGUUAGAGUAACGAUCAAAGGUCUAAGAAGGACUUUUUAUCCACCAAUUCACCAUUCGACUGUCGACAAUACCCCACCAGAAAAGAAAAUGCAGUUGGAAUGGGUAUACGGGUAUCGAGGAACAGAUUCCAGGCGGAACCUUUGGGUACUCCCCACUGGGGAACUGCUUUAUUUUGUAGCUGCAGUAGCUGUCAUGUAUGACCGAGAUGAAGAGACCCAAAGACAUUAUAUCGGACAUACAGAAGAUAUACAGUGUAUGGAAUUACACCCUUCGAGGGAAAUGGUUGCAUCAGGCCAAAGGGCAGGUAGAAACAGAAAAACUCAAGCCCACAUCAGAAUAUGGAGUACAGAAACACUGCAGACACUGUAUGUUUUCGGUAUGGGAGAGUUCGAGGUGGGAGUAGCCGCAGUAGCUUUUUCGCAAUUGAAUGGAGGUAGUUACGUUUUAGCUGUAGAUGCAGGACGAGAAAGCAUUUUAUCAGUAUGGCAAUGGCAAUGGGGCCAUCUCUUAGGGAAAGUUGCUACUUUGCAAGAAGAGCUGACAGGAGCAGUGUUUCAUCCUCUAGACGACAAUCUGAUGAUAACCCACGGAAAAGGACAUCUGACAUUUUGGAACAGGAGGAAAGAUGGUUUUUUCGAACGCACGGAUAUCAUAAAACCACCGUCGAGGACCCUCAUAACGUCCUUGCAGUUCGAGCAAGACGGUGACGUCAUAACGGCAGACAGCGACGGCUUCAUCACAAUCUACAGCGUCGACGCAGAUGGCGCCUACUUUGUGCGCAUGGAGUACGAGGCGCACAACAAGGGCGUUUCGUCCUUGAUCAUGCUGUCCGAAGGGACACUCUUGUCUGGUGGCGAGAAAGACAGACGCAUAGCCGCCUGGGAUUCCCUGCAGAAUUACAAGAAAAUCACCGACGUCAAGCUUCCUGACGUUUUUGGUGGUGUGAGGUCAAUUUAUCCUCAAAGACCUGGAAGAAAUGAUGGAAAUAUUUACGUAGGAACGACUAAAAACAAUAUACUCGAAGGGUCUUUACAGAGGAGGUUCAACCAGGUCGUUUUUGGACACGGUAGACAAUUGUGGGGUCUAGCAGUGCAUCCGGACGAUGAAGUUUUCGCCACCGCAGGACAUGACAAAAAUAUCGCUCUAUGGAGGAAAAAUAAACUCAUUUGGGUCACUCAAGUUUCCUUCGAGUGUAUAACUUUGAAUUUCCACCCUUUUGGAGUAGCCCUUGCGGUUGGUAGUACCGAAGGACAUUUGAUUAUCAUAAAUUCGGAAACGGGUGUGGUAGUUAAUACUAUAAGGGUUUGCGGAUCGCCCCUUAACUGCGUAGCAUUCAAUCCAUCUGGUGAACUGAUAGCUAUUGCUUCCCAGAACGGCAGUCUCUAUCUGUUCAGAGUCAGUAGGGACGGUUAUUCGUACAAAAAGUCCAACAAAAUCAGGGGGUCCCAGCCUUUGAUGCAGAUGGACUGGAGCUCCGAUAGUAAUUUUUUGCAAACCGUUACUGCCGAUUACGAUUUAUCGUUCUGGGAUGUAAAAUCGCUGUCACCAGAAAAGAGCCCAAUCGCUAUGAAAGAUGUCAAGUGGUAUACUCAUAAUUCUACUGUUGGAUUCAUGGUGGCAGGAAUGUGGAAUAACAGAUUUUAUCCUAUGACUUCCAUUAUAAGUACAGCUAGUAGAUCUGCAGCUCAUGAUUUACUUGUAUCUGGAGAUACUGAUGGCUAUUUACGAUUGUUCAGGUAUCCCUGUCUAAACCCUAAAGCCGAGUACAACGAAGAGAAAGUGUACAGCGGCACGGUGGCGUGCGCUCGCUUCCUCUUCAACGACCGAAACGUCGUCUCCGUGGGAGGCACCGACGCCUCCCUCAUGCUGUGGCAGCUGGUCGAGGAAUAGCAGCAGCCCCCACGCGUCUAUCUGCCCCUGAUGGUGGCCCCCAGGUGGGGGAACAGCGGUAACAGCGCCACGAGGGAUUUCGACGAUUCGGAGUUCACCUCGGAUUCCGAUUGCGCGUCGUUCGAGGUUUUGAAUUUACGUUGCUGAAGGAUUUUGUACAGGGUGUCUUCUCAUAUCGAAGACGUGAACCUUGGACACGAUGAUACACUACACACUGUUUUACUACUAAUCAAACCGAUUUUUUACACCUCGACACGUGUUUAGCUAACUAUAUGUUAGCAUCUUCAGGAGAAGAUUUGAACCUAAUCGGCUUGGUUAGUGGUAAAACAGUGUGUAGAGUGUCUUCUAAUGGCGCGUUCACAUGCCAGCUUAUGCAUAUAGCAGAAAGUUUGAAUAAAACUCCUUUACUUUUCGACAUUUGAGAAUGUUAACACAAAGAAAAUUGUCAUCCGCAUGCUCAGUAAUUGACAUCUUUGAUACAUUUUUUAACGCACUGAUCGGACCACUCAGAUUUUGAGCUUCGUUUUGACAUAGUCCAAAGAUUCAAGUAGUACACCUAUGCCAGUACGGGAGCACUUUUCGUCGACUUACUAUCAAAACCUGUAAGUCCAAAUUCUAGGGAAUUUUAGGUUUGAACAUUUUCACCAUCUACGAAAUUCAGCGCACCCAUCACCUAAUCAUCGUAAGUCUAUGUUUUUGGUAGCGAAAUCUAUUAGAUAUAAUUCAAACCUCCUAACUCUACUCUGAGAGAUUUUGAAUUCAAAAACUGGUAAGUUUGAUCCGUUAUUUGAACUGAAAUCCAUGUCAGACACCAAAGUAAGUUUAUGUUGAACUAUUUGGUCAAUCUUCUCGAAUAUUUCUGCAGUGAUGCGAAGAACAAUCUUGUUUUGAUUCUUCAUGUGAACAGACGAGGUUCUGAUCUGUAUGUUAUCUAUCUAGUAGAAGACUUAAUACAUUGAUUGAAAUAUUUCGGUUCAUAAAACUGCCGCUGAUUUGCUACAUGCACUGUGAAGCAAGGCCUAACUAAUUGACAAUAUUUUCACUUGUAAUUGAUCAAAUCCAAAUCAGUCUGAAUAAUGUUCAAUUUAUUUUUGUAAAUACUUCGUAUGUCGGUUAUUUGAACAUUAAGAAUACAAAUCUUCUCAGAAUGUUGAUUUCAUUCACCAAGCAGGUACCUUUACAAAGGAGGAAUAGCCUUCAAAAAAUGUAAUUGAAUCGUUCGAAGUAACUAGUGGAAAACGUUUUUUUCCCUCCUGAACAAUUAGCUCUGAAAGACUUACGAGGUUUUGACAGUGAGUCGGCGUUUUGCUCUCAUCUCCCCUAUGCCUAAUGGAACCCAGAUACCACCGAUCUACUUGAGAAAUGACGGCUAACUAUUGAAAUAUAAGACACUUAAAAAGAGUGCUUUAGCAGAAUUUCAUAAAUUACGGUAAAAACGCACUUUCGCAUUUAUAGUUUGUAGUUCGCGGUCAGAUACUUGGAAAAUGCUAGAAAAAACUCAUCCUCCUCAAUAUGGAUUUUCAAGCUCAUAUGCGUUGGUGGCUGAGCGCUCCCAUCAAUGGUGCAUUGAAAUUUGUUGCCGCUGUAGCACUUCUAACAAUUUGCUAUACAGUGGUCAGUAUGGAUUAGAUCUAUGCAAAGUUUUUGAUACUGUCAACCAUAACAUUUUAUAAAAUAAAUUAUUUGCAAUUGGUGUCAGAGGAAGAAUUCAUGAUUGGUUCAAAAAUUAUCUAUCAAAUAGAAAACAAUAUGGGUGAGUGGUACUUGUAGCUCCUUAAUGAACAUCUCAUGCGGUGUACCGCUAGGGUCAGUCUUGGGACCAGUUUUAUUUUUGAUCUACACAAAUUCAAUAUCAAACUUGGAAUUGGGAGAAAAACUUGAAUUAUUUGCAGAUGACACGACAUUGAUUUAUUUCUCUUGAGAUUCAAAUAAU